AUGACCGUGGAGGCUUCUGGUAAUUUAAAGAUGUCGCGUGAAUUUGAUGAUGAUGAUGAUGAUGGGCCGGUAGUUUUUAAGAGAAGUUCUGUGUCGAAGAGUAAUCAAUUGCAUUCAGAAGUGAGGAAGUCAGCUUCUCAUAGUCAGAGUAAUCAAUUGCAUUCAGAAGUGAGGAAGUCAGCUUCUCAUAGUCAGAGUAAUCAAUUGCAUUCAGAAGUGAGGAAGUCAGCUUCUCAUAGUCAGAGUAAUCAAUUGCAUUCAGAAGUGAGGAAGUCAGCUUCUCAUAGUCAGAGUAAUCAAUUGCAUUCAGAAGUGAGGAAGUCAGCUUCUCAUAGUCAGAAUAAUCAAUUGCAUUCAGAAGCGAGGAAGUCAACUUCUCAUAGUCAUGAUGGACGGCCGUAUAAAAAGACCUCUGAUGUGCCUUCUUUGAACAACCAAAGUUCUAGCUCACAAAAUGGUAAGGUUGUGCCAUCUUCUAAGGUAUUUGCCGCUGAAUCUUCUGUGAGUGUAACAAAGGCAUCACCGUCAAUUCUCAAAACCUAUGUGAGGUCCCCUUCAGCAAAUAAAAUUCCAUCGUUUGGAAAUAAAAAAGAGUCUCUUUUAGAAAAGAAAAUUCCUGUUCAAGCUAAAGAGGAAAAUAAUUCUACCAAACAUCUUAAAGAAGACAAAUAUGAAGAUUCUGAGGACGAGGAGGAUAAUAUGCCAUUGAGUGCUAGGAUGAAGACGAACAAUGACAGUGCUAAGAAAGCUACUCCUAUUGUUGUAAAGAAAUCUAAUGAAGACUCUAAGAAAGCAACUCCUAUUGUUGUAAAGAAAUCUAAUGAAGACUCUAAGAAAGCAACUCCUAUUGUUGUAAAGAAAUCUAAUGAAGACUCUAAGAAAGCAACUAAUAUUGUUGUAAAGAAAUCUAAUGAAGACUCUGAUGAUGAUGAUGUUCCCUUGUCAGCAAGGGUGUCACAGAAUAAUAAUUUGGGAAAAUCUAGUUCUAAUUAUAAUGACGCCGAUCAGAAGAAACCAUUUCUAAAAGUUCUGAAAGGACAUCAAUAUGGUUCCGAUGCUAGUGUUAAACAGGAAAGGCCAUCUACACUGUCUGUUAAGAGACCACUAGAUAAGACUGAUUCCUUGCACUCUUCUGGUAAGAAGUUAAAACUCUCGGAUCCAACUCCAUCAAUUAAUGCUAAACAAACAUCGGUGAAAUCUGAGCCGAAGGUUGAGGAUGAUGAUGAUGAUGAUGAUGAUAUUCCUCUUUCCCAAAGAAUGAAUAAGUUGCCCCCAUCAGUGGAUAAACCAACUUCAUUGAAGAAGGUGACAAAUGUCACUAAAGUCAAUAAAGGUGCAGCUCCAUCUUUUAAGAAAAAGGCCAAUUUCAAAAAAUCAGGCAACAAAUCAGAACAAUUCAAAUCUACUAAACUUACUCCGAGCUCUGGUGAUGGGCAGAAAAAGUGGACUACUUUGGUUCACAAUGGUAUCAUCUUCCCACCUCUUUACAAGCCCCAUGGGAUAAAGAUUCUCUAUAAGGGGAAGCCAGUGACUUUGACCCCUGAACAAGAGGAGGUUGCCACAUUGUUUGCGGUUAUGCGGGAUACAGAUUACAUGCAAAAAGAAAAAUUCAAGGAAAAUUUUUGGACUGACUGGCGGAAGUUGCUGGGAAAGAAUCACAUGAUUCAAAAUUUGCAAGAUUGUGACUUUACACCGAUUUAUGAUUGGUACCAAAUUGAAAAGGAGAAGAAGAAACAACUGACUACAGAGGAGAAAAAGGCCCUAAGGGAAGAGAAAAUGAAACAAGAGGAGAAAUACAUGUGGGCUAUUGUUGAUGGUGUUAAAGAGAAGGUUGGCAAUUUUAGAGUUGAACCUCCAGGAUUAUUCCGUGGGCGUGGAGAGCAUCCCAAGAUGGGCAAAGUGAAAAGACGUAUUACUCCAAACGAUGUCGUAAUUAAUAUUGGAAAGGAUGCACCAAUUCCUGAAUGUCCUCUUCCUGGGGAAAGCUGGGGAGAGAUAAGACAUGAUAAUACAGUUACUUGGUUAGCCUACUGGAAUGACCCAAUCAAUCCAAAGUUAUUCAAAUACGUGUUUCUGGCAGCUAGUAGUUCUUGGAAGGGUCAAAGCGACAAGGAAAAGUACGAGAAAGCAAGGAUGUUGAAGAGUUAUAUAGGGAACAUCAGGGCUGCAUAUACGAAAGAUUUCACAAAUAUAGAUAUUAAGAAGCAGCAAAUAGCUGUUGCUACAUAUUUUAUUGACAAAUUAGCUUUGAGGGCUGGCAAUGAGAAGGAUGACGAAGAAGCUGAUACAGUUGGUUGUUGUACAUUAAAAGUAGAAAAUGUAACUGCAGAAGGCAACAACAGGUUGAAGUUUGACUUCCUUGGUAAAGAUUCAAUCAAGUAUGAAAAUACAGUUGAGGUGGAGCCUCCUGUUUACAAUGCCAUUUUGAAGUUCCAAAAAGGUAAAAGUCCUGGUAAAGAGAUUUUCGACAUGCUGGAUACAAGUAUAUUAAAUGCUCAUCUGAAGGAACUCAUGCCCAACCUGACAGCAAAAGUCUUCCGUACAUUCAAUGCAUCUUUCACUUUGGAUGAUAUGUUGAAUAAGGAAACUAAAGAUGGAGAUCUUGCAGAAAAAAUUGUUGUCUAUCAGCAUGCAAAUAAACAGGUUGCGAUCAUUUGUAAUCAUCAACGUAGUGUUUCAAAAUCUCAUAGUGCACAAAUUUCCAAGUUGAAUGAAAAGAUUGAUGAACUUCAGGCUCUUAUGAAGGAGCUGAAAACCGAUUUGGACAGGGCAAGGAAAGGAAAGCCGCCUCUAAAGAGUUCUGAUGGAAAGAGCAAAAAGAACUUGAGUCCUGAAGCGAUAGAGAAAAAGAUGGAUCAAACAAGUGCGAAAAUUGAUAAAAUGCAACGUGAUAUGAGGACAAAAGAAGAUCUAAAAACCGUUGCACUUGGCACGUCCAAGAUCAACUACUUAGAUCCCAGGAUAACAGUUGCCUGGUGCAAGCGGCAUGAGGUUCCUAUUGAAAAGAUUUUCAGUAAAACUCUGCUGGAAAAGUUUGCUUGGGCAAUGGAUGUGGAUCCUGACUUCAGAUUCUGA